AUGAAUCAUGCUGGUAUGAGCCAUGGCAGUAUGAGCCAUGCGGACAUGGACAUGGGAGACGAUCAUUGCUCAAUGAAUAUGCUGUUCACAUGGAAGUAUAAAAACGUGUGCGUAAUAUUCUCCUGGUGGCAUAUCAAAAAGUUUAGUCACCUGCUUUUCAGUUUUCUAGCUAUAGUUCUUUUAACUUAUGGUUACGAGUAUUUGAAAUACUACAUCUAUAAAUCUCAGAUUAAUCGUGGUGUUACUGCCCCUUCGAGUGAUGCUUCUGUCUCGAGCAAUGUGGGAAGAAGGAACAGACUAUCCCAGAGCUGCUGGUACGGUUUACAGGUUGGCUACUCUUUUAUGCUGAUGCUAAUUUUCAUGACCUAUAAUGGAUGGUUGAUGCUGGCCGUCGUUAUAGGUGCAGUUUGGGGGCAUUACUCUUGGUCGCCAAGAAUAAGAUCUAUCGCUCUUGAAGAAGCUUCCUUAUCGUGCCAUUGA